AUGGCGUCGAACCCAAACACAGCACCACCAGCUGGUAAGCCCAGUUCGCGCAUGCUGGAAGGUCUGAGGAGGAUUGCACAAGACCAAGAUCAACUAGCAGCGAUAGCGGCGCGGGCAGAUGCCUCUGAGUGGUUCGACCGCCAUUCCCCUGGCACUCGCAAGGCGCGCGCACUCACCCGCAAGAAUUUCGAGGCAUGCAUCAAGCAAGUCUUCGGCAAGGAAACUGUGGAAGAAAUCUGGAACCAAGAGACCUUCAUCGACUACACGAAGCAGUUUCUCGACGUCAUGAACAUUCUCAGUCCGGGCGGAAAAGUCGGCAAGAAACCAAAGGCGGGUGUCCUCUGGGCGCACAUGGCAUCACUUAAGUGGUGGGCUGUCCGCUUCAUCGGGAACUUCGGGGCCAUAUAUCCUACGUGGCAAUCCAAAGUUACUUCUCACAUACACCUUGUCGCUCGUACCCACGAUCUGGAGAAAGGCUUCCAUGCGAAAAACAAUCUGACCGACACCGAGCUUCUGCUGUUCUACCGGCAACUCAUCACCCUUCACCAAGGCGUCGAUGACUAG